UUUCCGCGCCUGAUGGCACCCAUCUGCCUUUAGACUUCCCCAAUAAGAAGCGGAAGAGGAGCCGCUGGAACCAGGACACAAUGGAACAGAAGACUGUGAUUCCAGGAAUGCCCACCGUCAUUCCACCCGGCCUGACUCGGGAACAGGAGCGAGCUUACAUAGUGCAACUGCAGAUAGAAGACCUGACUCGUAAACUGCGCACAGGAGACCUGGGCAUCCCCCCUAACCCUGAGGACAGGUCCCCUUCCCCUGAGCCCAUCUACAAUAGCGAGGGGAAGCGGCUCAACACCCGGGAGUUCCGAACACGCAAGAAGCUGGAAGAGGAGCGGCACAACCUCAUCACAGAGAUGGUGGCGCUCAACCCUGACUUCAAGCCGCCUGCUGACUACAAACCUCCAGCGACCCGUGUGAGCGAUAAAGUCAUGAUCCCACAAGAUGAGUACCCGGAGAUCAACUUCGUGGGACUGCUGAUAGGGCCCAGAGGAAACACCCUGAAGAACAUAGAGAAGGAGUGCAAUGCCAAGAUCAUGAUCCGGGGCAAGGGCUCCGUGAAAGAAGGGAAGGUCGGGCGCAAAGACGGCCAGAUGCUGCCGGGGGAGGACGAGCCACUUCACGCCCUGGUCACAGCCAACACCAUGGAGAAUGUCAAGAAGGCCGUGGAGCAGAUAAGGAACAUCCUCAAGCAGGGCAUCGAGACCCCAGAGGACCAGAACGACCUGCGCAAGAUGCAGCUCCGGGAGUUAGCGCGGCUGAACGGCACCCUUCGGGAAGACGAUAACAGGAUUCUAAGACCCUGGCAGAGCUCUGAGACCCGGAGCAUCACCAACACCACUGUGUGCACCAAGUGUGGUGGGGCUGGCCACAUUGCCUCCGACUGCAAGUUCCAGAGGCCUGGUGACCCCCAGUCGGCACAGGACAAAGCUCGUAUGGAUAAAGAGUAUCUGUCGCUCAUGGCAGAGCUGGGAGAAGCACCUGUCCCCGCCUCCGUGGGGUCCUCUUCUGGACCUUCGGCCACACCCCUGUCUAGUGCGCCACGGCCUGCCGCUCCUGCCAACAACCCACCUCCACCGAGCCGCAAGAACAGUGUUGCCACCAGUGGGGGAGCAGGCCAGGACAUUGGCGGGAACGCCCUCACGCAGUCUCUCAUGUCCACCACCCAGAGCCGCCCACCCUGGAUGAACUCCGGCCCCUCUGAAAGCCGGCCCUACCAUGGCAUGCACGGAGGUGGUCCUGGUGGGCCAGGUGGCGGCCCCCACAGCUUCCCACAUCCACUGCCCAGCCUGACGGGCGGCCAUGGUGGCCACCCCAUGCAGCACAACCCGAACGGACCCCCACCACCGUGGAUGCAGCCGCCACCGCCGCCGAUGAACCAGGGUCCCCACCCGCCUGGGCACCAUGGCCCUCCUCCAAUGGAUCAGUACCUGGGAAGUACGCCUGUGGGCUCUGGGCUAUACCGCCUGCAUCAAGGAAAAGGUAUGAUGCCGCCGCCGCCUAUGGGCAUGAUGCCGCCGCCGCCGCCACCGCCCAGUGGACAGCCUCCGCCCCCUCCCUCUGGCCCUCUGCCCCCAUGGCAACAGCAGCAGCAGCAGCCUCCGCCGCCCCCUCCGCCCAGCAGCAGUAUGGCUUCCAGCACCCCCUUGCCAUGGCAGCAAAAUACGACGACUACCACCACGAGCGCUGGCACAGGGCCCAUCCCGCCAUGGCAACAGCAGCAGGCGGCUGCCGCAGCUUCUCCAGGAGCCCCUCAGAUGCAAGGCAACCCCACUAUGGUGCCCCUGCCCCCCGGGGUCCAGCCGCCUCUGCCGCCCGGUGCCCCUCCCCCUCCGCCGCCUCCGCCACCUGGUUCCGCCGGCAUGAUGACCCCUUCCCGCGGCGGCGAUGGCCCGGGCCCUGAGAGCGAGGAGUUUCCGCGCCCAUUGGUGACCCUUCCAGGCAGACAGCCUCAGCAGCGCCCCUGGUGGACAGGAUGGUUCGGCAAAGCAGCCUGAGUCAUUUUUGUGGACGGAAUCGGAACACGCUGGCUCCAUACCGUGACAUUUGUAUUAAUUUUUUUUCUUUUUCCUUUGUUCCUUUCUUCUCUCUUCCUUUCUUCAGACUCCGCCCCAGGAGCAGCUCUCCCUGGUCUCCUGCUGCCGUUAGUGUCCUUCCCUGCAGCCACUCCUGGGGGUUCCGGGGCGGGGGUGGGGGGCUGGCUAUAGGCACAAGUUCUGGCUGGGAGGGCCCAUCUAGCAACAAGGGGUUCCUGCUGGUCCCUGUUCUUUGGGGUGUCAGUGCUACCAACUGCCCCACCUGGGGGGUUUUGAUAAGUUCAGGGGCCCAACUCCCCAACCCCAGGGUCCAUGGCCGCCCACCCCUGUGUGCUCUCUGCCCUUGUGCCACCGAAGCUGCCGCGCCCGCUGUUCCCCCUCCUCGAAGGUGUCCUCUCGCAUCUUGUUUCUCCCAGACAUCCGAGUGUGUUCCAGCGUCCACAGGGUUUGCGCCUCUUGUUCUUGGUUCUGCUUCCUGUCCCCUUCUGCAUUGCACGAUUAUGUUGACAAUGAUGUGGGCACCUUCUGUAUGGGCUAGCUGCGGAAGUCUCUUGGGGCCGGUGGGUGUGUCAGACUCGGCACUGUAUUUCGGGGGUCUCCCCUCGAAUAAAGGAGCAGUUGGCUCUCG